GGGACAGUGUCUUUGAAGUUGCCGAAGCUUUGCCAUAAGGAAAGUGAAAGUGCUCGUUGGCCCUCAUCGAUUGGAGAUUAGCUGAUGACGCUCCGCCUACCACACGCGGAAACCCGCUGCAGCAUGAUUGACAAACACCAAACAAAAUCUCAACAUUCUCUAAACUUGACUUUUACAAAGAUACUUUAAGAACGUUUUUGUAAUUUCCUACUCAUGAUUUGUGAUAAAGUUUCAACUUAGGAUAUGUCUAUUGCUUCAAGACAGCUGUGACAAGACCAACUUACUUAGUAAAUUAGUAAAGGAUUACCAUGGUGCUUUGAGUUGUGGAGUUUUUAGUCACAGAUUUACUAACAGAGCGGAGAAUGUUGUACUGGAUAUUUACUCUGCUAAUUUACAAGAUAGCAUAUGUGUCCAAAUCUGUUGCAACGGACAUUCAAAGAAAUAUCACGAUAACUGAAGGAGAUAUCGCAAUUUUACCAUGUGAGGCACACGACGAGGGAAACAAAUAUCAGGUCGUAUGGAUGAGUCCUAAAAAAAUAUUAAUCGGCAAAAAUCAGAGGAGAUUUAUGGAUGAUCCGAGAAUAUCAAUCGAGCACACAUACAUUGCAUACUGGAACCUUCACAUUAGACAAAUCAAAUACGAGGAUAGAGGGGAGUACACAUGCACCGUCAACACAAGUCCAGUACAAAUCACCAGGAUAAAUCUUAUGGUGUACGUUCCUGCCCGGAUAUUAGAUUAUGCCUCCAGUAAGGACAUGAGCGUAAAAGAAGGACGUGACGUCACAUUAUGGUGCAAUGCAACAGGGAUUCCAGAACCCAACAUCACUUGGUUUCGAAUUUAUCAAAAUCAUUCUCCCUCCAGAAUACGGGUAGGCGAUGUAGGAGACACGCUGAUCAUCAAGAACAUUUCUCGUCACUGUGGCGGUGAAUACGAGUGCAUGGCGGAUAACGGCGUGCGGGGAGCUGUACAACACACCAUCAAAGUGGAAGUACAUUUUCCCCCUGAGGUGAAAUUGAUAAACUACAAACAGUCGCAGACGAUAGGGCGCGAGACAAUGCUACAGUGUAAUGUGUCCGCGUCACCUCUCGGAGUCCAUGGCUGGAGGUUCGGGAAGCGUGAGUUUGACCAACCGAGUGGAGAAAACUACAGGACUGAAAUGUUCAAGGAUGACAAAAUGAGACUCAUUCUAUUGUUGAGAAUUUUAAGUGUUGGUAAAGAGGACUUUGGGAAUUAUACAUGUGAAGCUAAAAAUAACUAUGGCCAUAGUGAAAAGACGAUGCUACUGCACGAAUACACAGUGCCUACCCAAAAGCCAAGUUUCCAUAGUUCCAGUACAACGGCGCACAUCCUCACGUUUUCGGAUUCCAUGAAAAGAACGCACCCAGAAACAGUGUCCCGAGUCCGCGAGGGCGAGGAUCCGGAAAUAUUAAUAUUUGACUUCCGUAAGCAGGGCCCCCAAAAUGGUUUGAGAGCCAGCGGUGAAGCAAAUAGCCAAGGAACCGUGCGUGCGGCUUUGUGGACAGAAGUAGUGGUCAUUUUGUUACUGAAGGUUGUGUCAAAUUUGAGCGGAAUUGAUUAAGAAGAACUGCUGUGGAUAUUUAUGAAAGUGAAACAGCCAAAAUUAGGAACUUGUUUGAAGUUCAACUUCCUAUCUGACAUGAUCAACGAAUAUUAACUGUUUAUUUUGGAAAAUAAGCCGAUUUGAUAUCAAUUAAAUGAUUAAAAAUUAUGUCAUAGAAAAAUGCAUAAAAGACAGUCCGUAUGCAUCAACUUUAAAACCUCGGAAAUUUAUAGUAAGUUAAUAAUAGAAAACUUAGUGCGGCGUAUCCAGCAUUUUAGAUUUCUGUUAACACAUGUCAGGAAAAGUGUUGCGGAUGAAUAAGAAGAGUUUGGUGGGAUUAUACUCUUCGCGGAUGAAUAAGAAGUGUUUGAGGCGGUUAUACGCUUCGCUACUGUAUUUACAUUCCAGUGACCUGUUAUAACUUGUAUCAAUAUACAUGUCUAUAUCCUGCUUGAAUAUUUUGAAGCCUCCGAUAAGUUAUCUGAGGAUAUCUAUACAACUGUUGAAUACUUAUAUCUACAUGUAUAUUUCUCAGUAUGAUGUCCAGUUACAGGUACGGGCAUUAGAAGCACGUUUAGUCAUACAAUAUAUAGUUCAUGUAUGUAUAUGUCUACAUAUUUACUUUGUUUAGUUAUUAUCCUGAAUGAUACAUCUAGUAAUACAUAAUCAAAAUUGUAACAUGAAUUAUGAAAUAAAAUAUUGUAGUUCGUCGCUGAUAGAUUAAGAUAACAAAUUAGAUAUAGAAUUACUAGUAAUCGUCCUGAUAUUAGAUUAUGUGUUAUACCAAUUAAUUACUGCCGAUCCAUAUCAUAAAUGUAUAUCUUAUAUGUAUGUAAACUGAUUUUGACGAGUAUAUGUAAGAACUAAAAUGAAAGCUAUACAGGUCUUAUUUCAUGAUAUUUUUGCAGCAUGGUAAACUUUAUCCUUGUUUUCUGUGUCCGUUCACAGUGUGAACUUAUAUUUUACAUGUACAAUAUAACAAUGUGUAAAACAGCUUUUUUGUACACGUACAUUUUCAAUAUAGUGGUGGUUUGUUAACAUGAUGAAUAAAUGGUCCUGAAUGAGAA